AAGUCAGGCAGUCUUCAUACUUGCACAUACUACGAAUUUCACUCCAACCCACCGUAAACCAGAUUUCCAAGGUCAGAGCCACCAUGUCCAUACCUUCCAUGCUCCGGCUGAACGGUCUCCCCUUCGAACGAGCUCAUUACCACCAAUAAACCGCCAUGGCCUCCCGAAGGUCCCUAGGCGGAGGCAGAGUCCUAGGGAGCGGGAGGAACCUCACUCCGGCCAGCGCUGCCGCCGAACAUAUCAAACGGAAUAUCAGUCCGUCCGGCAGCUCUCUCUCCGUAAUCUCGAAGGCCUCCGAGUCCCCGGCCUCGAGCGCAGAAACCCAGGAUAUCUCCUCGAAAGUGUCGUUGAGCAAUGCGGCCGCCGCAACCGCGAGCUCGCGGAUGGUAUGUCCGAUAUGUAACGAUGAAAUGGUCACUCUGCUCCAGCUUAAUAGACACCUCGAUGAUAACCAUGCGAACCUUGAGGUGAUGGAGUCGGAUGAGGUGAAGACAUGGUUCCGGACACAGAUGGUUAAAGCGAAGAAGUUCCAACCGCUUGUCGCUCUCAAUCAAAAGCUUAAGGGCCUGGAUGUCUUCGAGUCGAACAAUACGCCCCCUCCUCUCACCCAACCUCUUCCUCCCACCUCAGGCCAUACUUCCCCUCAACCAGACCCUAUUGACCCCGACGAACUUGUGACACGGUCGCAUUGGCAAAAACCAACGUCCUACGAUUCAUGCUCCGAUCCGAUGUGCAAUAAGCGCCUCGGGGGUGUGAACGGCAGUGUCAACUGUCGCAAGUGCGGCAAGCUGUUCUGCGAGGAAUAUACUAUGUAUCAGAUGAAACUAUCGCGAUCCGCCACCCACGAGCCAGUACGAGGCAUCUGGUGCCGCGUUUGUGAAACGUGUUAUAAGUCAAGAGAAGGCUAUAAUGACUACACAGGGUUCGCAAGAGACCAUACCUCAGAGUUCAUGACCCUUCGGCGGAAAACGGUUGACAAGGCGUAUCUCGAAGUUAGUAGGCUGGAGGCACGGUUGACGAAGCUCACGCAGCUACUCGCCAACCCUCCGCCGAUGGAAAGCCCCAAUACGUCUACCGGGUUGUGGUCGAUGUCCGGGGCCAAGACCCAACAAAGGGCGCUAGAACAAUCCGUGAUUGCGUGGGAGGACGAUGCCGAAGUUAUGAAGUGCCCCUUUUGUCAGCAAGACUUCUCGACGUACUCAUUUCGACGCCACCACUGUCGGCUUUGCGGCCGAGUCGUAUGCGGGGAUCUGAGGACGGGCUGCUCGAAGGAGAUUGGGCUGAGCGUUGCUACCGUCACUGACGCCAUUUCAGAGAAACGUCUGGGGAAAGUGGGUGUUGAUGUUCGAAUGUGCAAAGACUGUUCCCACACACUGUUCAGUCGAGUCGAUUUCGCACGGGAACUCGCCCACAAACCGCCCGAUCAGAGAAGUUACGAGAACUUGAUCGAAUUUCAAAGGGGCAUCCGCCUCUUGCUGCCAAAGUUCCAGCGGUUGCUCGUAGCCUUACAGGAUGCGGAGAACCCUCCCUCACAUGACCAUAUCUCCGAUGCGACCAAAGUGCGGAAACGAUUAAUGGACGCAUUUUCACAGUACGACACCGCGGCCCGCCGCAUUCGUGACCUCCCCUCGACCUCCCCGGGCCAACUCCGACUCCAAAAAGCCGUGUACCAGCAGGCGUACAACUUCCUCCACCUCCACAUGCUCCCUCUCAAGUCCCUCCCCAAAAUCCUCAAACACGCCUCUCCCCACGGCGCAGGGCAUCAAAAACCUAGCCACAGCGGCCGUCCUCCAUCCGCGCUGUCGGCCAUCAAGUUCAAUGACAUCGAGACCAGCUCCCAGAUGUCCGGCAGCACGGCGAUGAGCCAGAUGGAAGCGGAAGAGAAGGAGCUGCGCGAACGGCUGAUCGUGCUCGAGGAGCAGAAGUUCUUCGUGUCCGAGAUGGUCGCGGACGCCAACCGGCGACGGAAGUUCGACGAGGUGAGUUCGCUCGCGCUGAACUUGGAGGACCUGAGCCGGGAAAUCGACCAGAUCAACUCCCAGCUGGCGCAGUUGGACUUCGCGGCCGUGUAUGAGGCGGGGCUGGCGAGUCCCCCGGCGACAUCCUAGUGUCGACGUUGCAGUUUUAGCGGGCGUGUCGUGGACAACUUACAAUCUGGGCUGUAUCUUUUAAUUUCUGGGCAUUCAGAUUACCUUCAUGAUGUGCAUAGCUUGGAGUUUCGGUUUCAGGGGCCUUGGGACACGCGUUCGAUCGGGUUAUGGAUCUAUACAGGAGUAAUUGAGUGAGCCAAGGUUGGCAACAUUUGUUUAUUUUCAAUUCAUCCCAUAUUGGUGGUGUUCCUGUUGUUGUUGCAUGCCGUUUAGUGCUGAGUCGAACGCAUCUGAACGGCCCAUUCACUAGGUCAAUUGAAACGUCAAGCGUACGAACACCAAAUCGUCACAUCAAGAUGUCACACAGAGAGUGCACACAUUUUGAAGACAGCCAAUUCAUUGGUGAAGCACGC